AUGAGUAAUAGUAUUACAACUUUUGUUCUGCAAGGAUUGCUGCUCAUAACUGGGUUGGUAAUUGCUACAGAUGAAUCCUUGAGUAAUACAGAAACAAAAGAUAUAAAUGAUCAGAAAUUUCGAACAAUAGAUACGGGGAUACAAUUCCCAUACGAAGAACGUUUGAAUGUGAGACCGUUGCCUCAUAAUCAUUUACUUUCUUCCUUCGAAUUUCAAAUGAACUCAGAGCCAUUUUUCCCAAGUGACUCUUCAUCAAAUUUCGACAAAUAUGACCAUUACACUAUCUUUCCAAAAGCAAUUGAACCACUUUUACGCCGUACCGAUGUAAGACAACUUCAUUUGAGAUUCACAAGGGGGUUUUGGGAUUCAGAAGAAUGGGGACGUUUACCACAUGACGGUUUUAAAUCAGGUGGAUCUGGUGUUGAAUUAUGGGCCUUAAUUGAAGGAAAUUCAAAGAAAGACGCCUAUAAGAAGUGGAAAUCGUUGGCUAACUCAUUAAGUGGUUCAUUUUGUGCUUCAAUUAAUUUUAUUGACCUCUCCAAGACAAAUUAUCCAGUAUUUUCUUUCAAUCCACAGGAAAGAGAAAACGAAGGAAUACCUUUGUUUAAUUCGACGAAUAACCUUUAUUUGAUGCAUGCUUCACUUGCUAAUGAACCUAUUUGUACAGAAAACUUAACUCCUCUGUUGAAAUUGUUGCCAAGUAAAGGAAAGUCAGGAAUAUCUUCUUUACUUGAUGGUCAUAAACUUUUUGAUUCCAUAUGGCAUAACAUGGCCAUUGAUAUAACAACUCAAUGUGUUAAUGAUGAUAGUUACUCGAACAGUGGAGAAUGUUUUUACGAAAUGGAAGCUAAUGUUGAUGUUGUUGCCCAUAUUCCUAGUAUUUUGGCCAGAAACAAGAACCCAAUCCCAAAGCCAUUAGGAGGUGAUGAUUUACAUUGUGAUUUAUCCAAACCAUAUGAUGCUUAUCAAUGUUUCCCAUCACCAGAAACUUCAGAAAUAUCAUUUUCAUUAUCCGAUAUAUUUGGUAAGAAUAUUUCUGGUUCAAAUGAUUUAUCUUUCACGCAUUCUAGAAUUUGUGCUUCAAUUAGUGAAAAUUGGUUAGCAACCAUCAAAGUAGAUGAUGGUCUGUUUGGUACUGACGAUAAUUGUUUUGAUCUUACUGAAAAUCGUAAUUACGAUAUAUAUAUGGAAUCAGGAAGUAGCAAUAAAGUGGCACGAAAUGAUGAUGUUCCAAUCUAUGUUAGUAGAUCGCUUACAGGUUAUGGUCAAGAUCACGGGGGCCUGCGUACCGUCUUCUCGAAUCCAACAUUAGAACCUGUCAGAUUAUCAUAUUAUGAGUCUCUGCCUUGGUUCAUGAGAAUAUAUCUGUCUACUUUAAAGAUGGAAGUUACCUCUGAUAUCUACCAGAAUCUCACAUUUAAUGACAUUGUCGAAUCACAAUACUAUAUGCCUGCAAUUGAUCGUAAAAGAUCUACUCAACUUGAAUUCAUAAUGACUAUACCUGCCAACUGUACUAUAUCUCUGACUUAUGAAUUUGAUAAAGCAUUAUUACACUUUACUGAAUAUCCACCGGAUGCUAACCACGGGUUUGAAAUCGAAUCCUUAAUUAUUACUAUUCUUGAAUCUGCUCCAUACCAACUCCGUACUGCAACUUUGUUGUUGUAUUUAUCAACCCCAGAUUUCAGUAUGCCAUAUAAUGUUAUUAUCAUCUCUUCUACAAUUAUGGGAUUAAUCUUUGGUACUCUAUACAAUUUGAUUACCAAGAGAAUGGUUACUAUGGAUGAAGCAGAAAAGAUAUUAGCGACAAGAUCUAUUAAAUAUAAAGUAAUGAUGUUGAAGCAAAGAAUACUGUCAAAACUAGGUUUCUAA